GCGUUACCUCCGUCUGUCGGGUGCUUGUCUGCCGGUCGCCUUCGCCCAGACUCUCAAAAACUGAGGGUUGGGUGCGCAUUCGUACGUUUCAAGCAGGUCCGCGCUGCGGCGUUCCGGCAGCGGGAGGUGAGGCAGGGGCUUGAGUUCUCCGGACUACGCGGGUCCCGGCGGCCAGUCAGACUGGGCGGAGCCUCUUAAGAGGCCCGGAGUGACCGCAGUAGCGGCAGUCGGAGUUCCUGGGGUGCGAGUACGCUACUGCCCACAGGUCCUGGUUCCACAAGGAUAAGACAUAUCUGUGAUGUGAGUAGAAAGAAGCCCAAGGAAGAGGAAUCUAUCGUGGAAGGAGAUUCCUGACCUGAGACUUGCCCCAGAGGCUGGAGAAUCCUGGGAAAGAGUGGACCCUGGCAUUGCUGGACCUCAGGCUAUCUUGACUCUUCUAUCCAGAACCGGCAAGGUCUGAAUGACAGCUCAACCUUCAGUAAUCAGCAAUAGCUGUGUGACAGUGAAGCGUUUGACCCAGAUGAUGGAAAGGAGAGCUUGGCGUUCUCAGGACUCUGCCCUUUCCGAGGAAGAAGAGGAUACAACCAGGUCUCCUGAAACAGUGACAUUUAAGGAUGUGGCUGUGGACUUCACUCAGGAGGAGUGGCAGCAAAUGAAACCUGCUCAGAGGAACUUGUACCGGGAUGUGAUGCUGGAGAACUAUAACAACCUAGUCACAGUGGGUUGUCAAGACACCAAACCAGAUGUGAUCUUCAAGUUGGAGCAAGAAGAGGAGCCAUGGGUGAUGGAGGAAGAAAUGUUUGGGAGGCACUGUCCAGAACCCAGAAGAGGAAGGAACUGCUGUGCAUCUAAAGUCAUGGCGGAGGGCUUUCAGUUCAAAGAUGUGGUCAUUUACUUCUCUCAAAAGGAGUGGGAAUGUUUGCACUCUGCUCAGAAGGAUUUGUACAGAGAUGUAAUGUUGGAGAAUUACAACAACCUGAUCUCACUGGGACUUUCUGAUAGUAAGCCAUGUGUCAUCUCAUUAUUGGAGCAGGGGAAAGAGCCCUGGAUGGUUAAGAGAAAGGAGACAAAAGACUGGUGUCCAGAUUGGGAGUCUGGAAGAGAAACUAAGAAUUUAUCUCCAAAGAAGAACAGUUAUGAAAUUAAAUCAUUGCAGCAAGGGAUAACGAAAAGACUUAAACAGUCUAACCUCGAGUGCACCAGGGUCAUAGGUAACAGAGAAAUCAAAUGCCAGUUGGAAAGACAACACAGGUGUCAGGAAGGACGUUCCAGACAAGCUGUAGUAACCUCUGGAGUUAAUCAGUGCAUAGCUCAUAGAGAACAUCAGAAAAAUCAUACUGGAGAGAAAUCCUGUGAAUGCAAGAAAUGUAAGAAAGCUUUUACGUGCCAGUCACGUCCUAUUCAACAUGAAAAAAUUCAUAAUAAGAGAAAAGACUCUGAAUGUGGAGAGUAUGGGAAAACCUUUAAUAAUAGGUCAGACUUGAUUAAGCAUCAGAGACUUCAUGAAAGCAAAAGAAGUAAUGAAAAUAAGAAAUGUGCCUUUAUUCGUGACUCGGAAAUUACUCAGCCUCAGAGCAUUAAUACAGGUGAGAAACCUCAUAAAUGUAAGGAAUGUAGGAAAGCCUUUCAUACUAGCGCACAACUUAGUCAGCAUCAAAGGAUGCAUAUAGGUGAGAAACCCUAUAAAUGUAAGGAGUGUGGGAAGACCUUUCCAUCUACUGCACAACUUAAUCUACAUCAGAGAAUUCAUAGUGAUGAGAAAUACUACGAAUGUAAAGAAUGUGGGAAAGCCUUUACCCGUCCCUCACACCUUUUUCGACAUCAGAGAAUCCAUACUGGUGAGAAACCCCAUAAGUGUAAGGAAUGUGGGAAAGCUUUUCGUUAUGACACACAACUUAGUCUUCAUCAGAUAAUUCAUACUGGUGAAAGACGCUAUGAAUGUAAGGAAUGUGGGAAAGUAUAUAGUUGUGCCUCACAAUUGAGUCUGCAUCAAAGAGUUCAUACUGGUGACAAACCCCAUAAAUGUAAGGAAUGUGGGAAAGCUUUUAUCUCUGAUUCACAUCUUAUUCGACAUCAGAGUGUUCAUACUGGUGAAAAACCCUAUAAGUGUAAGGAAUGUGGGAAGUCCUUUUGUCGUGGCACAGAACUUACUCGACAUCAGAGAGCUCACGCUGGUGAGAAACCCUAUGAAUGUAAGGAAUGUGGGAAGGGCUUUACUUGUAGCACAGAACUUGUCCGACAUCAGAAAGUUCAUACUGGUGAAAGACCCCAUAAGUGUAAGGAAUGUGGGAAGGCUUUUAUUCGAAGGUCAGAACUUACUCAUCAUGAGAGAAGUCAUAGUGGUGAGAAACCCUAUGAGUGUAAGGAAUGUGGGAAGGCCUUUGGACGUGGCUCCGAACUUAGUCGACACCAGAAAAUUCAUACUGGUGAGAAACCCUAUGAAUGUGAACAAUGUGGGAAGGCCUUUAUUCGUGGCUCACACCUUACUCAACAUCAAAGAAUUCAUACAGGACACAGGAGUGAAUGAAGAAAUGUGGGAAGGCUCAAAAUUGGGCUGAUAUCAGAAAAUUCAUACUGGUUUUUUAAAAAAUCUGUGGUUAUAAGGAAUGUGGGAAAGCAUUUGAAGCUAACAACUUUACUGUAUAUCAGAAUUCUUACUGGAUAUAAGGCCCAAAAGACCUUUAUUUAAGGGCCAGAUUUGAUUUAACACUUGUUAUGAUGAGAAACCUUUAAAAUGUUAGGAAUUGGGAAAGGUUUAUUUGUGUUUCAGAUUUUAUUAGAUAUCAGGGUCUGGCCAGUUAUCUCAGUUGGUUAGAGCGCAGCCUUGUAGCACAAGGGUCAUGGGUUCAGAUCCCUGUACCGGCCAACCACCAAAAUAAAAAAAGGAAUUAGAUAUCACAGUUCAAUUGAUGAGAAAUUGGAGAACUCCAUGAACAUAAGGAAAGCAGGGGAAGGCCUGUUCAUUGGUUCAGAACCAAGUCAGCUUCAGGGAAUUCAUAAUGGAGAGAAGCUUCAGAGGGCAGUGAAUGUAUUAAAGAAAUUAACCAUUUGGACCUUUCUCAAAGUCAGGGUCAUUAGCUGGCAAUAUGCCAUAUAUGUGAGAUACCAGUUUGCUUUAGCUAAAAUGUUAUUCAUCUGAUAAUUUGUACCUAAUGAAGUCUACAUUAGUGUUAAAAGUGCAACAGAUUCUUACAUUCCACUCAAAUAUUGUUAAAUAUUUCCAAUCUAAUUCUAUAAAAGUAGCCUGAACUGAAUCAAAGUGAGAAAGGAUUUACCAGUGUUUGGUUUUACUUGCCCUCACCAUUAUAACUCAUUUCUUAUAAGGCAAUUUACUCAACUACAUCUAAAUUGUCUCAUUUGUAAAUGAGUAAUACUAGCACCAUAUUUUUUUAGUUUCAUUGUGAGGAUUAAGUACAUUUAUAUCCUUUAGACCAGUGUCUGACUAGUAUUGAAAGUGUUCUAAGUAAGAGCUGCUUUUAUUGCUUAUGGUUGUUUUCAUAAUUGUGUAUUAUUAGAGACCAUAUGAGAGGAAGACCUUAUACAUGCAGUGACUUUAGGAACAUCUUGGAUCAUCUCUUUUUUCUUUAUUGAAUGUUAGGUAAUUCCUUCUGGAGAAAAAUUUAAAACUGCAAAAGUUUCACUCAUUGUUCACUCUUUUGCCUCGUCAGGGGAUUCAUAAUUUAAAGAACAUCAGUAGAAUAAAGGUGGGUUGCUGUGAGGUCAUGGGGAAGAUUUUGGUUUACUAAAAUCUUUCAAAAAACAAAAGACAUGCCAUGAUCUCUGACCUCUGGUCUAGGAAAAUAGAAAAAACAAAGCCUUAGCUAAAGUCCAUUUCUCUAGGAAACUUAAAAAAGAUACCCCUCUAAAUAAUUUAUAUUAAAAAGGAAAUUGAGGCAAAUCACCCUUAGGAAUGAAUGGCAAAGAGGACACUACAUGUCAACAAAAUUUGCAGGAUGUGAACAAAGUCAUACUCUGAUGAAAAUUAUUUUAAAAUAUGUAGAAAACAGGCAGUUAAGGGUGAGGAUUCAUUCUGAUUUCACUACACUUGGUUGGUACACUACCUGUAGUAGAUUCUCAGUAAAUAUUAAAUAUUUGAUCAAAGGAAUGAGAAUGAAUAAGCAUUAACUCUACUUUGUGGAGAAUCUCAUAAAAUAAAUGCAGGGCAGAAAGAAAAAACUUUGAAAACUUUUUGAAAUGAAAAAAAUUACACCCUAUAAAGAAAAAGCUCAAGCAUCGUGAAUGAGAAAGAAUAUAUAACUAUAAAAAUGGAGGGAAUUUUACAGAAACAAGGCUCUAUUGUACCGGCAGACAUUGCUAGCUGCCUGUGCAAUUAACCAUUCUCCCUUUGCCAGAAUUGCCUGCUGCUCACUUAAGUCUAUAAAUGCCAGAUAUUUGCUCUCUCAGCUUGCUUUGCAUCUGGUCAUAUGUAUAAUAGUACCAGCCACAGAAGAUCUGAGCAAAAAUCUGCAAAUGAGCUUCAGUUAAAUUUUUUCUUUUCUUUCUUUUUUUUUUUUUUUUUUUUGUGACCGGUAAGGGGAUCGCAACCCUUGGUCUCCUGUCGCUCGCACCACACGCAGCCAGUGCGCGCACCAGCCAUCCCCACAUAGGAUCCAAACCCGCGGCCUCGGCGCUCCCAGCGCCGCACUCCCCCGAGUGAGCCACAGGGUGGGCCCUAAAUUUUCAUUUCUAAUAAAACAGGAGGAAAUGGUCUUCUUAAA